GCAUCAUAGGAGGACGACACCGGCAGUGAGCCGGCAAGGAGCAGAGGACGCAGAGCCAAAGACAGUGAAGGGACUGCGACAUGGAGGGCAGUGCAGCGCCCAUGGCCAGACGCCUGAUGGACAAAGACGCCUUCACUAAGAACUUCAAGAAUGUGAACUGGCCACGCAAGACCUACUUGUGCUAUGAGAUGGAGCUCCCGGAUGGCGACUCCAGGGUCCCGCCAGACCAGCACAAGGGCGUCCUGCGCAACAAGGGUGCUCACAUGCCCGGGAGACCCCGCCACGCAGAGAUGUGCUUCCUGGACCUGAUCUCUUCUUGGAACCUGGACCAGGAGCUGUGCUACAGAGUCACCUGUUUCAUCUCCUGGAGCCCCUGCGCUGACUGUGCUCAGAGAUUGGCUGAGUUCCUGCGGGAGAACAGCCACCUGAGCCUGCGCAUCUUCGCUUCCCGCAUCUACACCAAGGGAGACUAUGAAGACUACAGGGCGGGACUGCGCACCCUGCAGGCGGCUGGGGCCCAAAUCGCCAUCAUGACCUCAAAAGGUCAGCACUCCUGUUCUGGGGAUGGGGCCAGGGGCAGGGAGAAACCU